UCCGAAAUCAAUUCUUGUCGAACCUUGACAAACACAACAAUGGCACUCAUUGAUCACGAAGUUUCAGCAUAAACAGUUCUUAUGUGAUUGCCGUCUACUUUCCCAUAUUUUCUUGUAUUCCACAAGUAAGAAUUGGAUUGGAAAGUGACACUGUGCUGGGCGUAAAAUUUCGUUGAAACGUUCGCGAGAUUUUCCAUAAGAAAAGUGCAGGGUCCUUUGAUCAAUAUUAUUUAAAGAGAUACGUCACUUGCGGAGGAAGCAAUAAGAGAAGAACACACUUUGGAUGGCAAAGGGAGAGCGGCAAGCGAUACGCGACCAUCGCCGCUCUGCACCUAUCCUCAUCUAUCAUUUUUUUUUCUUAUAAAAGUUCUUUAUAAAAGAGUAUUCUAAAACUUGACUAGUUUAAUCUAUAAUCUUAUUAUUAUAUCUAUUAUAUUUUAUUUUAAUCAUGUAUCUAUCUAUAACAUUCAUAGGCUGGUAUUCACAGUUGAUUCUUAUUUCAAAAUCAUCUUAAGUGUUGUCUUAAGACGCUAAUACGGCUCUGUGAUUGGUUGAAAACGCAUUAAGAGACUUGAGAUAAGAACCGACUAUUUAGAUAUACGUGUUGUUUGGCUUAUUAUUUUGCCAUAAAGAAAUUAUUUGUACGUUCUCCUUGACACGUCGCCAAAUUUUUGUAGAAAUGUUUGCCAAAAGUGGUUUGUUCUUAUAUAUUUUGUAGGUAAAGGAAAAUGAAAAUAAAACGCAGCAAGUCUCUUUCUCCUGAACCAUCUAGUAGCAAAGAUACAAAACGUAUAAAACUUGAGAGUAUUGCAAAUUUAAAUGGAAGAAAACCAUCUCGGAACAUUCUUUCAUUCUCGGAUGACGUUUUACUUAAUAUAUUGAAAUAUGUACAUCCACAAGAUCUCAUGGCAAUCAGUUUAUGCUGUGUCAGAUUUGCGCAGUUAGCGCAUGACAGGACUUUGUGGAGAAGAGUAGAUUUUCGUAAAAACCCCAUACUUCUAGAUGAUUUAAAUCAGUACAUGAAGUUUUUGCAGCCAAUAACAAUGAGUCUAGCAAUGCGUGGCAAUCUGAUCUGCCGCGAAGGUUCGUCUCUCACGCAAAGAUUCUUUAAUAAUGUGAAAACACUGUGCGAUCAACUGAAGGAAUUGAUCAUUGAAGAAUAUUACAUCAAUGGAGAUAAGAUUCAUAUAACAGAUUUUCCAUGCACCAUUGAAAAGCUUUCAUUGAAAGGUUGCAAAAUGGAUUACUUGCAGAGUAAUAAGUCUUAUUUUUUUAAAAUGGAUCUUCACAUGCCUAAUUUAACAUGUUUGAUUUUAAGUAACUGUGAGUGGUUUACGCCGCAUUCCUUACUAGUUAUUAGCAAAAUACCAAAACUUAAGGAACUCAGAUUGAACUCGUGUCACCGUCUGGGCGAAUGUGUUGCAUAUGCUAGUUUAGCAACUAGAUUUGGAUUCAAGACGUUAGAGAUUUUAGAUUUACGGGAUACAGCACUUGGAGAUAGUGAGGUCGGUUGUUUUAGCAGCACUAAAACUCUAACACAUCUCUAUUUGGAAUGUCCUUCUACAUGGAGAAAUGAAGAGUCGCCUGAAGUUAUACAACACCGACAGCAACAGGCUUUACGAUUACCCAUAUUUGAAGAUCGCAAUCUAGUACAGUUUUUAGUCGAGGAUGGAUUUGCUCUUGAAAAUUAUGGAUUUCAACGAUGUUUGAUAUCAGAUAGAGCAAUAUGUGCACUUGGAAGCGAUACUUGUGAUAGAGAAGUGGUAAAUAGUUUUCUUGCUCCCGAAGGAAUGAUAAUAUUACGAGAAGAUAGACGGGUAUCUAAUAAUCCAAAUCUUAAAACAUUAGUCGUUAGAAACUAUCCACGUGUAACAAAUUCGAGUCUUAUCCAUUUGGCUUUAAAUGCAUCGAAAUUGGAAUACUUGGAUGUUACUGGUACUUCUGUGACAAAAGAGGGUGUUGAAUCCUUUAAAUCGCAAAAAAACAAUGUUAAAAUAGUCUCGUCGUUCGAUGAGACAUAGUUAAAGUCGUAUCUAGCAAAUUAGGAAUUAAUGAAUAUUUAUGUUUUAUUAAUACUUUUCGUAAUUUAGAAAUUAUAAAUACUUUUCGAAAAGUAUUAAUACUUUUAUAUUUGAAUGCAUAUUAUGCUUUGAUAUUAAGAUAUAAGUAAUGUUCAAACAAUUUUCUAUAAAUAAAUAAUUUUGAUUAAAUGUAA